AUGGUCAACACUAACGGUCAAGGCCGUAAAACUCGGCAAAUACUCCUCUCGUUCGCUCCCAAACCAAAUGCGCAGGCCGCUCUCCCUUCAACUCUACCCUCUGAAGCUACUUUUUACAAGGCAAGUUCACGUUCCGCGAAACCACCGACUCAGCUGCCCACCGAAGUCUGGGACCAAAUAUUUGACUCCGCGGGAACACUCGGCCUCAAGACCUUCCGUUUGGUCUGUCGAGACUGGUGCGCUAUCGGCACGGCCCGUCUCUUCUCGACUCUGUACGUGAACAGCUGGGAGAGAAGCUGGGCUCGUUUGAUGGCAGUGGCGCAGUCGCAAUAUGCACCCCUCGUCAAAAAGAUCCUGUGGAACGCGCUUGCUCUCCCUACAGACUGCUUGGAUGCCGAAAACUGGAAUUACCGUUAUCAGAAUUUGUUGCGUGGUUUGUCGCAUGCGGAUACACUGCGCUUCUAUGAGACAUUUACACGUAUCUACCAAGAUCAUAGUGGCUUCCGAGGCUCCUUGAAUUCAGGCUGUAUGGAAGGCGUUGCGGAUGCUCUUCGGUCAUUCAGCAACCUUCAUCAUUUGGUCUUGUCCGAUGAUUUCGACCUGGAAACCAGUUGCAUUGACCCCGUUGUCAGAAAGAGAGUCCAGCAAGACGCAGAACUCAUUUGCGACGUCUCUGCCUGGCUGUUGAAGCCCCAAAUGUGGGUGCCAUCUGGUCGGGUGCCAAUUACUGAUGAGUGGUGGUGGUUCCCAUUCAAAUCCCUGGAACAGGACAUUCGACCAUUCCGGGACUGUCUGUCGAUCACAGGCAUGACGGUCGAUUUCUGGGAUUCCCAUUGGGACCUACUAUGGAGACGUUUCACCACUGGUCGGCGAGGCUUUAACGGGCUAUCAUUGCUAUUGGAACAACCCAGUGUGAAGUCCCUCAAGUUCAGAGUCAAGUUCUGUUUACAGCCAUGGUUUGGGUUUGUACAACCUCGCCUAGAUAAGGUGCUUCAGCACAUGUUCGAACAUGCUCAUGCAUUUCGACAGCUGCAAGAGCUUGAUGUUGUGGCGUCGUUUGUUGAGGGUGGAAGUCAGUACAUGGAUUUUAUUCGUGACCAAGAACUGGAUAUGAACAUACUUCCGGAAGGGGAGGAAGAACCUGUCAAUGGCGAUGAGGGCGACGCAGACGAUGAACAUGCUGGACACAGCUUCGAAAUUGAAGCAAUUUCGGAACUUUCUCGACCAACAACUACGGCCACGGAUCUGGUACGGAUGUUUUCCGACGAGUAUGGAUUUGGCGGUCUCUUGGUAAAUACAAUGUUUGCCGAGUUCCGGGCGGAACUCGUCCGACUACCCAACCUACGAACACUUCAUCUUCACAACGUCACACUGAACGCACGGUCGAUGUUGACUUGGCUUGUCAACCAGCAGCAGUUUCGACGCUAUCCACUUUCAAUCUAUCUACAUGGCCGUUGCAUCAUCUACGGACUUCUACCGGGGCUUUUCCUGGAGAUUCUUCAACACUUGGAUGUCACACUAGUCUAUGACCUACGGAACCUUUACUGCUACACCAAUUUUGAUCAGCCAUGGAACACUAACUUCCUUGAUAUCACCUCGGUCCGCUCGAGCACACGCUCUUGGGGAGUGGCCUUUCCCCUUCGGAUGGAGAUAUGGAAGUUGUUAGAUGUUGACCGAGACGUCGCCAGGUUGCCGGCACGGGACCGUUACGAGCCGUCGGAGAGGCUCCAUUGGUUUCAUCAAUUCAGCUGUGCGUCAAGGGAACAAUGGGAUAUCAUGCUGGAACCACGCAGACCUGCAGACCUCUCUCGAAGUCACUCUCUCGACAUGCUACGCGAGCAUUGCCCGGACGGAAUUCUGAGAGAGAAUUACACCUAUUGCCUCUACCUUGCGAGACAGAUGGCGAGAUUUGAAUGGGUGAAGGGCGUCGUAGGUGAUCACAUUCCCGUUGAGAAGGAUGCUGAACGCCGCAUCACUCUGCUCGUGGUUAUAGCGAAGUGA